CAAGUUGGCGGCGGCGGCGCCCCCGGCCCGCCCCCGCCUGACGCCGCGAACCGCAGCUUGCGGCGAGCCGGCGUCCCCGCUGCCCUCGUGCAGGUCGGGCGUUGCUAAGUAGAGCCCGAGCUAGGGCCUCGGCGGCCAGCGCCAUGGGCAAGAUGGACGACCGGACGCACAGUCUGAUGAUGAGGGGCGGUUUCGAGUACGACAAGAAGAGGGAUCGCUACUUCAUGAGGGGAGAGGCCGAGUGGGACAAGGAGAAGCGCAUAGAGAAGGGGCGGAAGCAAUUCGCGGUGCCCGCGAGCUCCGUCGAGGAGUUCUUGAAGGCUGAGGAGGUGAUGGUCGACAAGAUACUCGAGAAGGCAAAAGCGAAGGCCGCAAAAGCGGGUGCGUCAGCGGUUGCGGAUGCUGGCGAUGCCGGAGACGCCCCCCCCAAGAAGAAGCAGAAGGUGGAAGAGGAGGCUGCCGAAGACGAUGAGUAGGCCAGCUCCUGGUGAGCAGAUGAUAAGCUGGUGACGUGGCGCGCAAAGAACACUAUGAUCACCGUCCUUGUCAAUGUCGCUGGCCAAUGCCGCUGUCGCAUGUCAUGUGCGCAUUGCUCUGCCAUGCGCCGCGGGAACGACUUCCAUUGAUUCGAAGCUGCAGCAUAUUACUUUGCAUUGCGUAUCUGCCUUCGGCAAGCUAUAAUUGUAGUCGCACCGCGCUACUUCAAUUAUUGAAUCUGGGGCGGAAACUUCCGCCCUGUUUUUCAUCCUCGUUUGAUGCCGAUUUGCGCCCUCCUUUGCCGUCGCUGUUUCCACUACGCAUUUGCGGAACACUCCGCCCUAUGUUUCUGAGGCGGAAAUAUCCGCCUUGCUUCUUCGCAUCGUUUGGGGUACAUGUCCGACCCGAUUUAAAGACGGA